AUGAACCGCUGUAUUCUCCUGCUCCUUGGAGCUCUUCUCCUGGUACAAGGACUUCACAUUCAUAAGAAACAACAGAAGUUGAGAACCGUCUCACUGAAGAAGCAGCCGACUCUUCGCGAGACUCUCCUACAAGCCGGGACCUUUGAGACGUUUGCCAAACAUCGUCAUGGAUAUCAAAAGAAGUUCCUUAAGGCUCAUGGAAAUCACCACUUUGACAAGUAUGCUAGUGUGAAGCCACUUGGAGAAAUUGAUGAGCUAUUGAGAAAUUAUAUGGAUGCCCAAUAUUUCGGAACAAUCUCUAUCGGAACUCCAGGACAAAACUUCACCGUGAUCUUUGACACCGGAUCAUCCAACUUGUGGGUUCCAUCCAAGAAAUGCCCGUUCUACGAUAUUGCAUGCAUGCUCCAUCACCGUUACGACUCCAAGUCAUCAUCAACCUACAAAGAGGAUGGAAGAAAGAUGGCUAUUCAAUAUGGAACCGGAUCCAUGAAAGGAUUCAUUUCCAAGGAUAGUGUCUGUGUGGCUGGAGUCUGUGCUGAGGAACAGCCAUUCGCUGAGGCUACUAGCGAACCAGGAAUCACUUUUGUCGCUGCCAAGUUUGACGGAAUCCUUGGAAUGGCUUAUCCAGAAAUUGCAGUUCUUGGAGUCCAACCAGUCUUCAACACUCUCUUCGAACAAAAGAAGGUCCCAUCCAACGUCUUCUCCUUCUGGCUCAACCGUAACCCAGAUUCUGAUCUUGGAGGAGAAAUCACUUUCGGAGGAAUUGACCCAAGAAGAUAUGUCGAGCCAAUCACCUACACUCCCGUCACCAGAAAGGGUUACUGGCAAUUCAAGAUGGACAAAGUUGUUGGAUCCGGAGUGCUCGGAUGCUCCAACGGUUGUCAAGCUAUCGCUGACACCGGUACUUCUCUCAUUGCUGGACCAAAAGCUCAAAUCGAGGCUAUUCAAAACUUCAUUGGAGCCGAGCCACUUAUCAAGGGAGAGUACAUGAUCAGUUGCGACAAGAUUCCAACCCUCCCACCAGUUUCAUUUGUUAUCGGAGGACAGGAAUUCAGUCUCAAGGGAGAGGACUACGUGCUUAAGAUUGCUCAAGGAGGAAAGACCAUCUGCUUGUCUGGAUUCAUGGGAAUCGACCUUCCAGAACGUGUUGGGGAGCUUUGGAUUCUUGGAGAUGUCUUCAUUGGAAGAUACUACACCGUCUUCGAUUUCGACCAGAAUCGUGUUGGAUUUGCUCAAGCUAAAACUGCUGACGGACAUCCAGUUGAUCCAGCUCCACGUCCAUACCGCUCUGUGUUUGAUGAUGAUGAGAGUGACGAGUCUACCGAGCAAGACGACCAAUAA